AUGCCGGACACUCACACGAACAAUAAGCCGGGGCCGGCAGAUCAGAUUUCGGCCUGCAACGAGGAGUCACAACUAGAGCUAGAGCUUCACCUCCAGAGGCAGCUGGAGGAUGAUGUUGCGAGCGAUGUUUAUACUGAAUGCAACAUUCAACAUGAAGAAAAAGAAAUAAUCAAGUAUCUUCAACGCAAUUUGAGUGCUUUAAAACCCGUUUCCGUCAAGUCUAGUAAAAUAAAAGAAGAAGGUGAGGAACCCGAGGUGUUCUCCACUCCCAAGUGUAUUACCCCAUAUGUAGACAGUGACACCCAAAAAGUUAUUCAAUCUAGUCCCAGCACGGAAUUAACAAAAGAAUAUUAUGCACUAGUUCCAAUAGAAGGAAAUUUGUUUGAGAAAGAGCUUAUCGAGCAAGACGAGCUCUCUAAUGCCUUUCAUUCUAUAAUAAAAGGUCAAACAGAAGAUAAAAAGUUACAAAUCAACAAACCUACUUCGCUACCCUUGAAUUCUAGUCAUACUUCCAAAACAGUUAAGCAUUCCAGUAGCUAUAACAUUUUAAAUAAUAUUUGUCUAAAAGAUAAAACCUCUCCAAAACUUGAACACAAUCUAAAUACCGCCGCUGAUAACGACUUCAAAAGUAAUCAGGCAUUACCGCCAAGUGAUACAGCGGGACGCAACACUUGUAACAAGAACAAGUCUAACUCAUUGGAUGCUGCAUAUUCCCCUGAUAGUUUAAUCACGGAUGAGCCUAGUUCUUCUUCAGAUUAUUUAUCUGCAGCGUACACCUUUUCUCCAGGCGUUAACACGUCUGGUUUCCAACACCAAGUAAAUGUUGAGAACAUCACAUCCAAGAUGGAGAACAUUUAUACUUGGUCAGAUUCGGGACUGGAGGACCCUGCGAUGUUGGGUAGCGUCAAUAGUCAAAAGGACGUUACUUUAACAAAUGUGUCUUUGUCAGAGAGCACGGUUCAUGACUUGGUUGCUGACGAUGCAAGUAUAUCAGCAAUAUCUGUACCCAGUUCGUUGCCAGAAAAUCACCUACAAAAAUCGAAGCAGAGCGGCACCUCUCUAGACCAAGAUUGCAAUGGUCAAAGUAGUAUUCCAGAACUGUGUGGCAAGUCACUAAAAGAAGAAAAACAGAGACAAAAUGAAGAAAUUGUGAUACUAGAAUCGUCUUCACUCUCCUCUGAAACGGGUUCCUGGGAGUCAGUAUAUCCACCUAAAUUAGUUCAAAAGGAAAUUUGCGAAAGAUUUCUACUCAACGAACGCCAGAAUUAUUUCAACUCUUCUGGAUUAGUUCAAAAAUCACCUUUCAAAUCAACAACUUGUUUUAUAGAUGCUUCGAGUUUAGUUGAUGAAGACGAGUGUCUUGAAUUAGAAACCACUACUAAUGCGUCUUCUACUAACAUAAAGUUGGACAUUUUGCCUACACCAAGUAAACCGGUACCCUGUUCGACUAUUAAGCCGGACAGCAGUCCAGUAGAUUGGUCAGAAAGUAACGACAACGAUGAUUCAUUAGAACAAGGUGAAAAAAAGGAUCCAGAUUCAAUAAUAAAAGAUUUAUCACCCACUAUUUUUGAAAUGACUCCCAUUACAGAAGACUCUUUGUGUACUAAUGCAUUUGAAAAUGCAGCUCAAUCCGAUGUAGUUGCCGAAGUGGAGGAAAAUGUUAAGUAUUUACCAGAUAAAGAGAAACUUCGCAGUGCAGUGUUUAUGCCAUGCUUUUCUACUUCCACACCAAAUAACUCAAUAUUGUCAGUAAAGACAUUUAAAACUUACGAGUCAGAAGACAGUGAAAGUAACACUAUAAUUGAUUCAGACGGUUCUAUGAAUAUUAGGAAAGGUAGCCGUUCUCCUCCAAUUCUUUCUGGAGGCGUAUCGGUAGAAGAUCAUUUACCUCAAGUAGGAAAUAAUCACGAAGGUAAUCAAUCACUAAAAUCUAAGCAGAGUGAAACAUAUGUCGUAACAGGAAAACAAAGUUCUUCCUCGGCUUGGGUAGUAGAUAUGUCUAGUAAUCUGGAAGCAGAGGACAACUCGACAGCAAAAGGUAAAUCGUCCGAUGAAUCAGUAAAUGAAAAAAAGAAUAUAUUUUCUAUGUACAUAGAUCUAAGUGACAAUUCGACCUUGAGAGAUAUGCCCUCCAGACUAUCUGCUUCCAUGAAAAGGAGUACUGCUAAUGUCGAAAAUAAGUUGGCUCCACAAAAAUCUAAAAUUACAGAAAAAAGCCCAAGAGACAAAGACUCGAUAUUUGAGAAAUAUGAAGCUUUGUGUGAAGACCCGAAUAUAAGUAUUUCUGAAAUAAUCGCAAUUCCAGCAAAAAACGAAGACGUUGCAAAGAACGGUGUAGAUCCAUGUGCAGAAAAGACGCGAAAAGUAAACCAGUUGCAAACGCUAGAAGAGGUUGAGAAAAUACCUUCCCCUAAAGAGCCUUUAGCCAAUUCCCAAGAUAGUAGCUUUGUGAAACUUUCAGACUUAGAUAAACCAGUCCAGAAAACAGAUAUGUUGGUCUCUAUCGAAAGUAAAGGAGUUGAUGUACGAAUGACAAGAUCUAUUCCUGAUUGGGGUGAACAAGGAUUUUCUACGAACUCGAGAUCAAUAGAAGUUAUUACUUCUUUUCAUUCAGAGAAUGCUCUAAGUUUGAACAGACUAUUUCCUCACUUAAAAAAUGAAUUCAGUAGAAGCAUGCCUGGUUCUCUAUCGAGUAGGACUCGGUCACCAUUAAGGUUAGGUACAUCCAGUACGCUUGGUGAUGGUGAUGAGCAAGGGUCUGAUAUGUCUGAAAUAAGUAGUAUGCAAAGCAGCAACUGUCGCUCAGGAUUUGGGAACAGUACUACAGACAGUCAGACUUCGAAUUUAAUUGAGAACUGUACUUCCCGUCUCGGACAAGACUUACUAAGAAUGUUUCUUGAAGAAAUCGCGCCAGAUGUCAUCGUGGAAGUGUCAGGAAAACGAUUCAAAGCGCAUAAAUGUAUAUUGUCAUCCAGAUGUCAAUACUUUGCCGGUAUAUUGAGUGGCGGCUGGGUGGAAAGCUUGGGGAAUGUCAUCGUGCUACCACCGUUUUCAUACAAUGUGGUUUAUUUCGCAUUGUGUCACAUAUACUCUGGUCUUGCGACAAUUCCGGAUUCGGUGAGCAUCGUGGAAUUGGCAACGAUCGCCGAUAUGUUGGGCUUAGAGGGUCUUAAGGAAGCCAUAAUGUUUACUCUCAAAGCUAAAUAUUGCCAUCAUUUUCAUAAGCCGUGCGCUGUGUGCAUAGUCGGUGUGUUGGAAUGCUUCCCAUUGUCUGCGGUUUAUGGUUUAGAUGAUUUAUAUCACAAAUGUAUUAAAUGGAUCACAAAACACUUUACAAAAGUAUGGCCAACCAAGGCGUUCGCGACGUUACCUACGGACCUCUUGGAUAAGUGCUUCCAGCAUCACACCGUGAAUCUAACCGUGGACAACGUGGUGGAUACUGUGUACGGAUGCGGGAUCACUACUGCAUCUUUACAAAACUCUAAAUGGUCUGAAGCCGUAGCACGGAUGUGCCGCAGGCUCAUAAGCGUGGCAGCUCACUUCGCGGGCCCAAGGCUUCUCGCUGUUUACCAAGCCAUCCCUCCAUUACCAAACGAAGCGCCUCAGGCCGCCAAGCAAGCUCUAGACGAUUUUCUCGCGGCUGCUAUUGAAUGGGCACCUCCGGACGAAGUCUGUCGUGCAUAUGGUUUUCUUUCAGCGCUCCUCAAAGAAAUGCGCAAUAAUCAGUACUCGAAACCUGAUUUGAUUAGUAACGGUACUGAAAACCGUAAAUCUUUUGGCCAAAAUACCUUGGUGUACUCGCAAGCGGGCAACUGGCGAAUGCAGUGUGAGGGUGCGCUAGUGCGGGCGUCGCCCAGAGUUGUUACCACGCAAGCGUUUAAGGAGUUGCCAUCGGAGUUACGUAAAAGGCUGCGAGAGCUCGGUUGUAUUAAAUACGGCGCGCACGCGUUGCCUAUAUCCUCCCCUACACAUCAGCAAGAGAGAAAAGUCAAAAGUACGACUGUUGCGAAAAACAAGUCAUUUAGUUCAUCGCCCCGUAAUAUUGAUAUUGCUCACGUGCGUGCUUUGUUUGUGCCUUACUCGCCAAAGCCGAUGUACCCGGUCGGAUCUGUGGAUACUCUUAAGAGUAACAAUGAUAUCCGUGAUAGCAAGAAGUCUAUUGUCUCAACAAAUCCACCAAAGGUAAGGACGACGAAAGCGCAGGAGGAGCGCGCCAAGUAUAAUAAAAUAAAGAACACUAAAUCACAGGACAAGCUAAAUACUAAAGCUAGCUCAGCACGAGCUCCAUCGUUCGAGAGGACGAAACCAAGAUAUUUAGAAAUUAAAAGCAAAGACAAGAAAACAUCUGUUGUUAACAAACACCUGCCGAAAAUUGAGUCGUCAAGUGAAUCGUCUCGUAACUCAAGCCCUAUACAUUUGAGAAACUUACGGUCGAGUCCUCAGAAGGGGCGGCGCGGGGAGGUGGUCCCGCAGACCAUGUCGCAGGACAGCCUCGCCACCAGCUCGCGGCCACGCACCGCCGAGCCGUCAACGGACUCGCUCAGCGAAUCGCAAACGAGUAACAGAUAUGCUACCUACACGAAGACGAAGCAUACCAAAGGCUCUGUCGACUCGAACAAAACAUACAAAAGUGUUGAACCUACAACUGCUAUUGCAAAUUCAAAUAAAAUUAAAACGAAGAUACCGGUGUAUUUGAACCACACAGCUAAGUCCAAGGGGCUUGAAAACCGGUUCUCUAAAGAGCAACCAAAGUUCAGUAAGCAGUUCCCCAGGAACAACGUGGCUCCCACUCGGCCACCCCAGGAUCGCAAAGUCCCUGGUUCUUUGAUGAAUGCGACUAAGUCAAGCUCAGCGAAGGUUGUGCCGAAGGUAGUGAAAGAGAAGGAGCUACCCAAGAAUAACUUGUCUAGGAGUCAGAGGAGUGGUCAGACCAGCCGGCACCAGCAACCACAUCAGCACGAGGAGAAAGAGCCUCCCGUCAGGGACAUCCCCGUCAUGGAGCGCUCCGGCACAUUCUUAAAGGAUGAACCCACUUUCGGAGAUAAACUAACCAAUUUAGAUAUAUCUCAAUGAACACCUACAACGUAGUUAAUUAGCUACUAAUUGAGUAGAGUAAUCUAUAUCUUAAAACUUCCAAAACUAAGUUUUAUUCAUAAAUCAUCAGCAAACUCAAACUAUGAAUGCUUUAUCAACUUAUUCGAACAAGAAUUGAGUAGACAAACUGUUCUAUAGCUAAAAUAGGUUUGCAACUUUAUGGAUAAGACGGUCUUUACAUGUUUCAUUUCAAACAACAGCUUCUUAUAUAUUUCGUUGAGCUUUAAAUGUAAAACCGUUGUAGGUACAACUGAGGUAUAUUGUACAUAACAAUUUUGAAUAGCAAUUUAUAUAUCUAUGCGGCAUCCUAAAACUUGAAGCGACGGAGUAUCAACAUCAUUCAUCUGUUAUUGGGUAGCAGUUCGGUAAUUACCAUAAAAACUAUUGUAAUUCGCAAUGCGUGUUAAUACAUAAAUGGACACAUGAUAUGGAGACUGGCAUCGCUAGAAAUUGUUUAUGUAAUAAAUUUACAAACAGAAAUAAGUAAUGUGGUGUUCGGUGAAUUUUUCAAUAAAUACUGACUUAAAUUCUCAUGUCUGGUGAAAAACAAAACCAGAAAAAUGAGUUGGUACAUCAGCCAUGGACCGGGCUCUCCUUAUCAAUAAAUUGUUAAAGAGCUUCUUAGUUCAACAACGGAAAAGAUUGAUUUUGUCAGUCUUCGUCAUGGGUCCAGUCAGCUUAUCUUAUAUAUUAUAAACAACAUAGGACUAGGACCUGUUUCGUGUAGGCAUUCAACCUUUAAUUGUAUUGCGAAAAUAGUGUAUUAUUUUUUUCAGUAACCGUACUAAUGUACUGGAAUUACUUCGUCUACACGUAUAUUCUAUUCUGUGAUAGUAUUCGCGCAAAGUGCUGCCCUCACUUACGCGAAUACCACAACCAGAGCAUAGGCAAUAGAUUGCAUUCAAAAAUAAUCAGUGUUUAGAUAGUAGCUGUAUAAAAGAAAACGAAGUAUCUUAACAAAGGAAGUUUUAACAAUAAAAUAUCUUGAUGUUAAUAUUUUAGAAUUUGACAUUCCAUAAUUUAAUUAGGGGUGAUUGAUACAUUAUGUUAAAAGUAGAUAAAUAUUUUUCACCCAUAUUGAAACUGAUGUUGAGGCGAGCAUUCGAUAAUCAUAUUAAUUUCUUGUAGAUUUCUAGUCUGUUACAAAAAACAUUCAAACAUGUAUCCCAAUUUUAUAGUAAGUAUGUAUCGAUUAAUACUUACAAGAUUAUGAAAGGUUUUUAUAAUGUGGGGGUCCAAGUAAAUAUCUGUCAUUUUAAAAACAAAAAGCAAAUGUGAAAACGUGUUUGUGGACAAAGUUGUGGGUUCAACUAGUAUCAUUUAUUGAUAUGACGUUAGUAUUCCCUACCACAUUCUUUAGUCGUACUCCUUUUUAUUCAUACACGUUAUUAAAGUGAUUACUUUUAAAAUUUUCUUCAUAUACUAAAUUAUAUCUAAAUCUCCAUUGAUUAUCGCACGUUCGUCUCAACGUCGUAUCUACGAGUAUAAGUAAUAAAAUUAAAUGAUAUAAUCACUGCUUUGCUACCUACUCGUAAAAAUGAUUUGAUGCCUAGCUGGUUCUAGAAUAAAAUAAAAUGAAGUAGCGAUUAUUAAAAUUUAAAUUUCGUUGCCAUUUAAAUUAUUAAUUUAUUUAGUAGAUGUAAGUUUUAUUUAUGUGUUAAUACAUACUUAUAAUUGUGCGCAUAUAUCUAUUUUAAUUUUCGUGUAAAUGUAUAUAACGCAUGUCAGAUAUUUUUCUAAUUACAAUGUACUUACCGUUACGUACUUAUUGCGCGUUUUAUCCGGAUCCGAUAUUUACAGGAUAUAAAAACGAAUGAUUUCUUCCAUCGAUAUUGUUCGUUUAUUAGGUAUAACUUAAAAAAAUACUCAGAUGUGUUAUUGAUGGGCUUUUAUUGAUGAGAUAGAUAUAUUUACAAAAUUUCUAAAAUGCCUCAUUACUCGAUUCACAGCUUGUCCCUAGUAUUAUUUAUUUUCAUAAUUUCUUAAUCUGUCUGUCUAUGAAAUAGUUUCCACAGAGACUUGUGUAUUUAAAUCAACGACGUAUUAAAAAUUAAAAAA